GAAAGAAGGAAAGACGGACAGGAAUAGAGUGAGAGAGAGGGAGAGGGAAAGAGAAAGGGAACGUUAACGCGUGCAUGUGUACGUGCGCGCGAGCGUGCGAGCAAUUCCUCCGUGAAUUUUUCUUUUCCCUCGCUGGUGUUGUGUCACCGGCGGGUAAAACGAGAGGCUGAGGAACGCUGACGGACGUACGAACGUACGUCGCGAUAUGUCGGAGCACCACCGCGUGGCCGGUGGCUGGGGCACCGCGAGCCCGGGUAACCGAGAGGAUGCAUCCGGCGGUGCCGCCUGGUGGCCCGCGGGUCUGAAUACCGUUUCGACCGAUCAACAGCAACAGCAGCAACAACAGCAACAGCAACAACAGACUAUACAUCAGCAUCUGCUGAAUCAACAGCAACAGCAGCAACAACAGCUUGCACAACAACAACAGCAGCAGCAGCAGCAGCAGUCGCAGCAUCAUCCGGACAACGUCCGGAGUACUGCCGCCGCGGCGAACCAACAGCUCUUCUCCUACAAAAUGGCCUCCAGCUUCCAGAACCCGGCCACCACCGGCGCGGCAUCGAGUCCGGUGUCGACAUCCACGCCGGUCGGCGGCGCCGCCGCGUGCAUGAGGGGUGGAUACGAUUACAGGCUCGGUACGGCGCCGGGUCCUGGACAAGGCGCCGCCGGCGGCGGUGGCGGCGGCGGUGGCGGCGGCACGCCGCCCGGCGUACAGUGGUGGUAUCCAGGCGGAGUUAUGGACGCUGCCGCGCAGAACAACCUGCACCAGCAGUUGCAGGGCCAGCAGCAACAACAGCAGCCGCAGCAGCAACACCUCUCGCCCAUUACCACGCAAACGUCCACGCCCCCCGUUAUGUCCCCGCACCCGAUACAGCAGAUACCGCAAAAUAAUCUUCAACAAAAUAACGCUCAGAGUCUACAGCGAGACAAUAUGCCGAGAGGAAAAGAUUCGAAGCCAAGGGGACGGAUGACAGCGUACGCGUUCUUCGUCCAGACAUGUCGUCAGGAGCAUAAAAAGAAGCAUCCCGAGGAGAAGAUCGUUUUCCGGGAAUUCUCCAAAAAGUGUGCAAUGAGGUGGAAGACCAUGUCGGACAUUGAGAAGAAACGUUUCCACGAAAUGGCAGAGAAAGAUAAGAAGAGAUACGACACGGAGAUGCAGAACUAUACGCCGCCUAAGGGAGAAAAUAAGGGCAGGGGCAAGAAACGUAAACACAUCAAGGAUCACAAUGCUCCCAAGAGAUCGCUGUCUGCUUUCUUCUGGUUCUGCAACGACGAACGCGGUAAGGUCAAAAUGCUGAAUCCUGAAUACGGCGUAGGUGAUAUAGCUAAGGAAUUAGGCAAGAAAUGGUCGGACGCAGAUCCCGAAACCAAAUCUAAAUACGAGGCUAUGGCAGAAAAGGAUAAAGCUCGAUACGAAAGGGAAAUGACCGCGUACAAAAAGAAAAUGCAAAAUGACGGUGCCCCAAUGGUAGGAGGAGCACAGGCGAACCAAACUACAAUAAAAAGCGACAGCGAAGAGGAAUGGAAGGAAGACGACGAAUAGCGGAUGCACGUCGAAAUUUCUUCAUCUAUCACCCCGUGUCCUUCAUCCUGAAAGCAUACCUCACCUACUGUACGUACCAUUGACCUUAGCGUGAGCGUACUUACACCACCAUCACUAGGAGAACAAAGCAACUAACCACCAAGCAACCUACCAAUCAACCAAGCUCUUCAACAAUCCCCACCAACCAACCUCCUAAUUCUUUCCCCGAUUAUUUACGAUAAUGAUAAAGUAAUCCGCGCUAAUUAUGGUAAUUAUUUUAAAAGAAAAACUGGUAUGCAUGAGUGAUGCGCGAGCAUGAGCGAGCGAGGAUCAUUGUGUGAGUGAACAUUUGUACUUUAACAUAUUGAUAGUAACGAUGAUGUAAAGCGGCUAGUAGGAUAGCAGAAGAUAAUGAAAGAAAAAAGAAAUCAGAACCAUGAAUAAAAAGCAAAAACGGAAGAGAUAAGGCAAAGCCCAUACUUUCUCUAUCCGGAUGGAAGGCGCAGGGGCUCAAUCAUUGUUGACUUUUUGCUCCGUCGACGCUAUAUUAUGAACUAUGUAGCUUAGUUUACUAAUGACGAAACGCCGCGGUAAUGACGAGCUCAUUAGUACGAAGAUCAGAAAUAGUUGUAAUUCUUUUUACGUGUCCUUUUAGAUUUUGUCCAAUAUGCAAAAACCAUGCUAUUUCGAUUGUCUUUUUCACACAUUAGGCACGGGAGAGACCGCUGUUUUAGAUCUUCGUUCUCGAGAGGGAUAAGUCAUUGCGCGUUGUUGCAAAAUUAAUAUACUGUACUUUUGGGGAUCUUUCUUUUAGUUCAGUUCAAUUCCAGUUCAAUUCUGUUCACUUGUUGCCAGCGUCGUUAUGGCAUGAACACGUAUAUAUA